UCCCACUGUUCACCUCUCGCUGAGCUCCUUCGUCCGUGAGAGGAAGCUGUGUGCCCACCCCCGGAUUGAGAUCUACAAGCAGGACCGCAUCUAUUUUGUGUGUCCCCUUGCCCGCCAAGGGGACUUCUAUGUGCCUGAGAUGAAAGAACUGGAGAGGAAGAGCAGGGCUGCUGCAACUGAGGCUGAGGACGCCCAGACAGACAUCACAGGGGUCGACACCAUGAGUGAGACAAGCUCCAUCAGCAUGGAGGCCACAACUGACAGCAGAGACACCUCUGUGGCCACCUCCAUCCUGCUGCCCUUCCCAGCCAGCCGUGGCCGGGAGGAGGCAGACAACCGCAGCGAGCACAGCUACAGCGAGUCAGGAGCUAGCGGCUCCUCCUUCGAGGAGCUGGACCUGGAGGUCACAGGGGACGGGGAGGGAGCCCCAGGCCUGCUGCUUGAUGUGGGCUAUGCAGGCAGCCAGGAGGUCACAGACAAGUGGACCAAGGAACCCAUUGCUGCUGAGAGAGGAGAGGAGUGAAGCAGUGACCUGGCUGCCUCACCUCCUGCCUGGGUCUGAGUUACUGGGAACCAGUUGCCUUUCCCACCUCCUUCCUCUCCAGCCAAGAGAUUUCGGUUGCUGAUUCCCCCAGGGACCUGCUCUCCCUCCUUGCAGAAAGGGUGUUUGACCAUUUUGGGGGUGCCAGGAGGUGGGGGCUUUUCUGUGGUGCUCAGUGGGGCGAGGUAGGUGCAGGCUGGGGGGGGACAGCAAAAUGCAUUUGCCGUAUGUGUAUGUCUAGAUGCAUCGCAAAUUCCUCACAGGUGUCUUGGGGGUGGUGGUGGAUGGCAGAGAUGUCCCCCCUCAUCUCUGCUGGUGCCCCUCUCACCCACAGCUUCUCUCUGCCACACCACCACGUUUUCUAGCACCAAAGAGCCGUGAGUAGAGUCAGUUGGGUUUGUUCCCCUCUUCCCCUUGCUGAACAAUGGAAACAUCCCAUGUAAACGUGGUCCUCCUGGCACUACCACAGGCGCUUUUGGGGUCUGUAAUAAAGUGGAUGCUUUUCCUCA